UCAGCCCACCCAGUGGACUAUAAAAACACUGCACACUGUCUCUGGUCCAGCCAGUUCUCGGAAGGAAGACGGAAUCCUGAACAGCAGCAUGAGCGACACACUGAGGGAGUCCUUGUUGGUGAAGCUCGGCCAGCUUCAGUGCCACUUCACGUGGGGCCCACACAUGGACGACAGUGACCUGGACGACGUGAAGCAGAGGUUGCAGGAUUCGAUUAUCAUCGGCGGGAAUCACCAAGGCGUGCCGCACAACCAGCUGGCUUACAUCAACUACCUGCAGGGCAACUGCGAAGAAGCUCUCCGUGACUUAGAGGAGGCGGAGGGACGUCUGAGGGAGAUCCACGGGGAUGGAUUUGAGAGGAGGAUCAUCGUCACCCAUGGCAACCGGGCCUGGUUGCAUUACCACAUGGGGCAACUCAGCGAGGCCCAGUCCUACCUCGACAAGCUGGAGGUGAUGUGUGGCCCCCUCACACAGGGCCCGCACGUCACGGCAAUGGUGCCCGAGGUGUGGGGGGAGAAGGGGUGGUCUUUGCUGAGCUCCCACUCUCAGUGCUACGAGGAGGCGAAGGAAUGUUUCACCAGGGCUCUGGAGGAAGAUCCCGACAACACGGAGUGGAACAUGGGCUACGCCACCGCUCUGUACCGUCUGGAAUUGUUUUCCGGGAUCCUGAAAAAACCCGAAGUGAGUCAGUCGGUGAGACAGCUGAGACGGGUGCUGGAGCUCGAUCCGGGUGAAUCUGUGGCCAGGGAGAUGCUGGCCCUCAGGCUCCAAGAGUUCCAGCAAAAGGCAGAAGCGAAUGAAUUGGUUGAAGAAGCGUUGCGGACAAGCCCAGAUUCUCCAUUUGUGCUCCGCUAUGCAGCAAAGUUUUACAGGAAACAGCGUAAUGUUGAUAAAGCGAUGGAGCUGUUGAAGAAAGGCUUAGAAUUCACUCCGCACUCUUCCUUCUUGCACCAUCAAAUGGGUGUCUGUUACAGGGAAAAGCUAAUGGCUCUGCGUAAAAAUCAAGGCAUUGGAGGCCCUGGCGUGGAGGCUGAGUUGAUCGGCCAUUGCAAGUACCAUUUUGGAACGGCAUUUGAACUGAAGCCAUCGUUUAUUCUUGCACAGCUGGAUUUUGCCGGGAUCUGCUUAAUGAAUGGUGAAUCAGACAGGGCGGUGAAGAUAUACAACAUCCUCCGGAGAUUAGAGAAUAUCACUCCAGAUAAUAAGCAGGCAAUAGAGAUACAGCUUGGAUUAUAUGAACUGUAUCACACCAAAUCUAAAUCAAACGCCAUCCACCAUUUUAUGGAAGGCCUUAAAAUCCAGCGCGGCACGAAAUAUUGGAAAAUUUGUUACACUAAGUUGGAGCAGAUUGCAAGAAGGCAAAUUAACAGGAACCCGUACAACAGCAGAGCCUGGGGUAUCCUGGGGUUUCUUCACCGAGAAGCCGGGGAGAAUUCUGAAGCUGUUGAAUGCUAUGAAAAGGCCUUGCGGUUUGAUCGUGGCAACGAAGAAUAUCUCAGCGCUCUUCGUGAAUUGCGCCCUUCUACUUAGGCUGGAGAUACCAGGACCAGGAGGUUUGGUGCCCGUUUCUCUGACUGAUCUACAGUGAUCCCAUCUCUCAACAAACCUUCACAUUCAACCAGAGGUGGAUCAGAGCUGCGUUGUGGAGGACGUGACGCCAUUUCACGUGCGUCCGAUGCGAUGGUCAGAAUAGAGGCACCAGCAGUGAUUUCCCAGCCCGCUACUCAAUGGUCACAAAUUCACCUGGACGUUAAUUGUUUGUCCACUAAAUUCUGGAGUUAAAAGUUUAGGAUUAAGUUUAUUGUUGUCACGUGUACUAAGAUACACUGAAAAGCUUUGUUUUGCUUCCUAUCCAAACAGAUCAGAGAAUACUGUACAUAAGUACAGCCGUUAAACUCAAGUACAAUAGAUAGAGCAAAGGGGAGAUUAGUUUAGUUUAGUUCAUGGUCACGUGUACUGUUAAAGGUUUAGGAUUAAGGUUUAUGUUCAUUAUUGUCACGUAUACCGGGGGACAAUGCAGAGCUUUGUGUUGCAUGCUAUCGAAAUAUAUC